AUGUAUCUGAAAUACUACCUCGACGCUGACGGCAAGCGUGUCUACACUAUGGCGAACGCCGGACCCAAUGGAGAGGUGACGCUGACUGCCCACCCCGCAAGGUUCUCACCCGAAGACAAAUACUCAAAGCAACGCAUCGCACUCAAGAAGCGUUUCAACCUUCUCAUGAAGUGA